CCGCCCCCGCCCCCGCCGGGAAAGAGAAGCGAAGACAAGAGUAUAUGCCAUGUUAUCCCCUCGCGUCGUCAGGCCGCAGCCCCACGACGGCGCGGCCUCCGCCGGCUCCUCCUCGUCGCGGCGCCACAUGGUGGACCGCGUGUCCGAGUGGGAGCUCGGCCUCCCCUCGCCCGCCGAGCUGACGCCCGUCUCGCAGCCGCUCAUCCCGCCGGCCCUCGCCGCGGCCUUCGGGAUCGGCCCCGCGGACGCGCUCGCCUCCCCCGCCGACGCCGCCGGCUUCCUCCACGACUCGCCCACCUCCCACCUGGCCCCCAGGUUCGACGAGUACGACGAGGAGGACGAGGAGGAGGGCGAGGGCGAGGACGAGGAGGCCGCCGCCCCCGGGGGCCGGAGGGGCGGCGGGAAGAAGGCGCGGAUGGUGUGGACGCCGGAGCUGCACCACCGGUUCGUCGAGGCCGUCGAGCACCUCGGCGAGAAGGGCGCCGUGCCCAAGGCCAUCGUGCGCCUCAUGAACGUCGACGGCCUCACGCGGGAGAACGUCGCCAGCCACCUCCAGAAGUACCGCCUCUACCUCAAGCGCUCCAGCCCCGGCGCCGCCGCGCCCUCCCCGCCGCCGCCGCCCUUCUUUCCCCGCUUCGACGUCCAGCGACCGCAUCAGGGCUCCGCCAACCGGGGCGGCUACUGCGCGUAUCCGUACGUUUCCUACCAGAAGCUGGGAUGCGAUUAAGCGCAGUAAGCUCGAUCAAUGCUAUUUCCCCGCGGGUUCCCCGCACUGGAAAUCGUUUUGAAUUUUGUCUUCCAUAGAAAACAAAUGGCAAACACGAACAGUGUAUGAGAUUCAGACUUUUGAAUCCACCCUGUCGUUUGAAAAACGGAGUCUCCUAUACAUGUACUGCCAUCGAAAGACCCUGGCGGCAAACAUUUGAGGCACAGUAAUGCGGUUGGGAGAUACUGGAAGGAACUUGAAGACCACACCAGCUUCUCUUCAGUUCACCGAGGCAACUUCAGCUGCCUAGUUAGUUCCAAUAACUAGUUCUGAAUGGCUGUUGGAGUUUUCUGCAUUCAUCUUUGCUGGAGUCGAUUUGGAUUGGGCAAAAUCGAUUUCUCCUUACAAACAUACAUGUACUGUCACAUACUAAUUAACAAGCAUACAAUACAAGGAUGUACCAUGUCGAUUCUGUGGUUUGGAGUUUAUGACUAAAUCUGAAUCUAGUACUGUCUUCCAGAUUCAUGGAGGUAGCCAGGGCAGAACGUCCGACCUUCCUUCUUAUCUUUUGUUCUCGAAGUUCAGUUACUACUAAACUUUUGUCCCGAUGUUUUUUUUGGAGCAAAAGAGGGUUUCCCCUCCGAUUUCUAUUAAAGAAACCACCACAACCAACAUAUUCGAGUACAACAUCAAGCUACAAUAACUGCCAGUUUUAGCGACAUCUAAGGAUUGAACAAUGAUCAGAACCGGGGAAACUACUGAAGAAACUAGAGGGAGCCAUGAAAGUCUAAGCUAUUAGUACAAUUCAAAAGCAGCAUCUAGCACUUUCGCACAAUAACCCCAAAAGUGCGUCUUCACUCUUGCAGUCGCAACACUCCGAAGCGCCAUCCCUGAGCCGCCUUGUAGAUUUCACUUGCUACUUGCUCGAUGAGCUGAUACGAACACGGAUGAUGCUACUAAUAUGGUUGUUCACGAUACUUUGUCGCAUGUCAAUGGAGUAAAGAUGAAGGAUAUUUGUGUUCCAAACUAUUUCCAGUCCAGUGAAGAUGAUGAAGAGGUGCAAGCAUUGGUCGAUGUUAUGUGCAUGCAUGCUAAUGUAUUGCACAAGAUGGGCGUAAGCCAAGAAAAUAAACAUUCACUGGCUCAGGACCAGAUCAGAAUUGUUUCAGGAUUUUACAUGCAUGCAACCAUGCAAGAAAUAAAGGUAAACAAACGUGCAAUGGAAACCGGCCUAGGAUGCUAUUCCGUUUGUGUUCUAGGAGGCGAGAUCCAUUCAGUGCAUGCAACCAAGAACUAUGGAUAUUUAAUUGGGGAUAUUAUAGAAGUUAAAGGAGGGAUUAAGGAACGAUUCAUGCUUUUGUUUCUACCACGCAAGGAGUACCAGGCAAUUACAAACAUGAUGCGCAACGUGUGGAGUUUUCUAUGCUUAAAAGAAGUAGGCUGGGGGCCACCGAAACAAGUCAAGAGAGAUAGCGCACCAUAAUUAAAGGUUAGGAAUAGUUAUUAGAUAUAAAAUCCAAUCUGAGAUGUAAAAGGAUUGGACUCUUUUAUUUUAAGGUUUAUUUUCCUUUUUGAAGUUGUGUGCGUGCGUGAGGGGCCUUAGGCCAGGAUCCAGUCAGGUUAUUAUAAAUA